AUUUUGUAAAGUUUUUGUUUAAGUUUUGCUGAAACAGAGAUUUGAGCAUUUUGGUGUGUUUUUAGGUUAAAGGAUGCUACUCGUCAAGCAGACCGUAUGACAAAGACACACAAGAAUGCUGCUGACACCUUCAUCAGGAUCUCAAGUUGUAUUUCGCAGAUGGGCACUAGUGAAUACAUGGAUAUAGAUAGAUUCCUGAAUAAGGUUUCUGAAUAUUUUGAGAAAGCUCGUAAAUUGGAGGGCCGUGUUGCCUCUGACCAAGAUCUGAAAACUUCUGACCUACUGAGAUAUUACGUGAGAGACACGGAGGCUGCAAAGAACUUGUUGUAUCGCAGGACGAGAUGUUUAGCUGACUAUGAAAAUGCUAACAAGGCCCUGGACAAGGCAAGGGUAAAGGGCAAAGAAGUCGCAGCAGCAGAGACAGCUCAGCAAACAGCUUCUGAAAAAUAUGAACACAUUUCAGAAGUAGCUAAACAAGGUCAGUGAGAAGUGUCAUGAGUAUGAACAGGGAUUUUAUUAAGGGCCAGGCACCGGACAAAUUCAACAGUUGUGAGCAUGAUUUUGCCUGACUGGUUUGACCAUCUCGCAGAAAGUUAAUCUUACAAAGAAGUUCAGUUC